UGAGUGUGAGUGUGCGUGUGAGUGAGCAAGUCAGCAUGUCAAGUGCCAAGCUAACCGAGUAAAGUUGUUAUUUGUAUAAAAAUAAUGGACGAUUCUAAAAAUGAUAAUGUUUCACUUUCUAUGCAACUUCUACAGCCAGAAUUGCUUCUUAAAUCAACACUAAUUGAAAUCUUGAAAUCGCGAUGUGUAUCGGGUGACCUGACAAGUUGGGACAAUGAAAAACUGGUGGACCUGUACAGACGAGUGGUGCUUCCUCUGCCACAGCGAAUCAUCACUUCUGGCUGUCGAAAGAACACACUAAAGAGUAGCACCAAGUGCAAGAUAACUGGACCUGACUCCAGAGAAGAAAAACGGAGCUACAAAAUUGGAUUCAAUGGGUUGACGUCUCCAAAGCCCAGCAUUGGUUCUUCAGCCACAAAAGAUCGCCUGAAGCCGCCUCCUGACUGCUCCAAUAAGAAGCUCAAAGUUAGCUCUGGAAAUGAGACAAAACAGUCUGAUGAAACGACUGACUCUUCUAAGUCUGAAACGAAGAAAACACCGCCAGCUAAGGUUGCUUUGAAGCGACCUAGCUCACAAGCGAAAGAAUGCCAGAGUACACCCUCGAAGGUAGUAUGUACAACUAAUUCAUCAUCACCCGAAGACAAAAAGGCUCGAUCGAAAAUUACUUGGCCCUAAUUACUCGACCGCAACAUUUAUAUAAUGUAAGAUACUAUUGUUGACUGCUAUUUCUUAGUAGUUGAAUUAAUUAUCGACUGGUAAUGCUUUGAAGACAGAGAUUAGUGCUCUGUGUUGGAGGCAGUUUUUGUACUAAGAAGAUUUUCUUAUUCCAGCUCUUAUCUCUUUUAAAAAGUUAUAAGGAUUGCAAUUCAUUUCGCUUUUCAUUAUGGCUAUGAGAGCUGCUAUUGAUUUCCCCAUCAAUUUGUGAGACUUGAACUUGCCAUAUCCAUUUGCGGUGACAAGUAUCUUCAACUUAUCCUUCGGAAAACUACUCACAAAAAUAUAUGGCAUAAAAUAGCAAAAAUAUUGAAUAUAGGUGGACUAAGUUGUACAGUAAGUUGUAAGGAGUACACCUCUCCUCUUCACUUUUGCCAUGAAGUAGAAAAUGUCUAUUUCAACUGUUAACAAAUCUACAUUCAGUUUUUAAUUUUUCAUUGAUUGUAGCCUAAGACUUGUUUCUCCAGCAAGAUCAAUUGUAUAUCUUCACUUUUAGUAUUUCUAUAUCCUUCAAGAACCAACUAUUCCACUCCAGCGUUUCAUCCAACGAUAUAAAAAUGCGCGGUUGGCAAUAUUACGAAAGGUUUCAUCAUAACAAAUUGCAACUAUUUUUCCUAUUUUAAGUGAAAUUAAUAAGUUCCAGUUUAAUUUAGCGAUUUGCAAUGCGUAGGCUAAUAACCAAAACUAGUCUAUCAAUUUUUCAAUGAGUGAGUGUGAGAAUGUUGAUUCUUAUUUAUAUUGAUAUCUGCUAACAUUAUUAUCUUCACAAAAAGUCAAGGCAGUAAGUUUGUUCAUGAAUUUAUGUAUGCGUUGAUCCCGAUGAUAUUAACUUAUAAAUAACUUUAUACAAUACAAUUUUUUAAAACUUCAAAACCAUAGACAUUUCUAACAGUAUUUGAAGCUCAGGUAUAAUGUUAAUAAUUUGAAAACAUCCGUAACUUUAACGAUUCAUUCUUUAUAGUGGGGCAAUCGUACCAUAUCACAAUUUUGAUUGGUAAUCAAUCUAUGUUUACCGUAUAAACUACAAUUAAGAAAAACCUCCAAGUAAGAUCAAGUAACAAUAUUUUGAUGUAAUGAUAUCAUUGUAUUUGAUAAAAUGGUAUUUUUUUAAAUAUCAUCAUUAUGAACUAUCUGAUUUUUCAUAAAUAAUAGAGCAAUAUUUCUAUAAUCUUAAUGUUAUUAUUGAUCAAUAUCAGACAUGCUUUAAUAGCUUAUAUAGAAUUUUCCCAAUUUUUAGAUUCCUUCUCCUUACUCAUUUAUCCAUCUUAUGAAAAUCUAGAAAAUCUUCGUUGCAAGGCCUAAAAUUUAUAAAUUAAGUUUCCAAAGUUCUUAAAACGUUCCAUUUUAAUAUAAAUAUUGUAUUCUGUAUGGAUUUCCUAUCCUACAGUAGCUUAUUCAAGUGAAAUUGGCAAGUUUCUUGUCAUUUAAGAAUACAGUGACAGUUAAGAGUUGAGUUAGACAAUUUCAACGAGAAAAUUUGAUCCAACAUUAUUUUGUAAGCUAAUUGUCCCAUUUUUAGUUUAGUUCAUUACUAGUAAAUAGGGUUUUGAAUGAAUUACUCUCUAAUAGUAUUGUGUAUCAAGGUUUCUAAAUGCCAUAUUCAUCUCGAACCGUUAGUCAAAAAUUUGUGAAUUCUAUCAUUAAAUUGAUUCGGUAAUCUUUAUUGUCAUUCAUCACAGUUAUCCGAUAGAUCAUUUCAUUGUAUCUGAAAACUUGAACGUUAUUUGGUAGCUAUCAAUCUAUGCUGGUUGUAAAAAGUACAAUCAUACAAGUUCUCUCCCAGUACUUCUGCCAUGAGCGUUUAGUUUGCGGAGAGUUCUUGUUAUUUAGGUGUAAUUAUUUUCAAACUUGUAUUGAAUUAUUUAUUUUGUGAAUAACCGUACCAAGUAAAAUUAUCACCUGAAUCAGGCUUCUAUGUGCUGAAUUGCGUACGCAUUAAUAUAAUGCUAUUUAAUAGGCAUAAAUUACUGGUACGUACAAUUUAAAAAAAAAUUUAAUGUAGGUGGAAUUUGAUGUUAGCUAUUACAUUUAAGAUUAAAUACUGUUAGCAGUUUUGUUCUAUGAUAAUUAUUAGAUGAUUCAAUAAUAAAUAUCUUGAUUAUUGAUCUUGGUUAUUUAUUUAUUUAUGAAAUCUGGUAUCAUAAGUGGUAUUAUCUGGCAUUAUAAGUUGAUAUCUGCUAAUCAAUUUCCACUUGAUAAACACUUCAUAUUCCACUGAAUCCAUAUUUUUCUUGUUCUCUAAUGCCUCAAAUGUUCUCUAAUAUUUUUUCACACAAUGUAAACUCAAUGAGUUAUCAAAAUCUUAACUUACAAUUGCGUUCGAAUCAUGAAAAUUUUAAAUUAUUAGAGGGAUUAAUGUUGCUGUUUAGCAAAGCUAUCAAUCUGUGAUACAAGAUAUCGUUGAAUAUCUAUGCAAUCAUACAUUAUUGAAGUUGCAAAUUUUAUCCAAAUAAAAAUACAACUUUUUGAGACUUUUUUGAAAAUUGAAUUAGGAACAUAAAUGUGUGUAUGUACAUUAUUUAAUGAAGAUUAUAAAUCUUCCAUUAACAUUAUUGUUGAAUUCUCAAUGCUAAAACUGACAUCAACCUCGUAUAUAGGAUAAUCAAUUGUAAAUUAUUGAUGAUGAAAGUCUUGAGCUUAAGUCCAUACCUAAGUUGUAUAGUCUAGUUUUUUGAAUUUGGUAUAGUGAAAUGUAUUUUAUUCAACUUUGGUAAAAUUUUCGUGAGCACAAUUUAUUUUGUUCAAACUUCAACUGAAUUUUCUUGCGUUUAAUUUCUCUAGUUUUGUAAAUCGUAGUGUCCCUUUAGAAUUUUGAUGUGAUUAAUUUUUAACUGGUUAGGAAUGGAUAGAUACAGUAAAUUCCGUAGCUUCUGCCAAAAAUGUUGUAAAUUUAAAUGGUGUUCUUGUGAAUUUGAAUUGGUUUCUGUUGUAUUUAAUUUGUUCUGCAUACGUAAAAAAAUGUGUAAGCUUAUUCUAGUUAUCAUUCUAUAAAACGCUGUUAUAAUAAACUAUUUAAAAAUUUAA